AUGACCAAGGCCAUUGCUCUGAUAUCCUGCACCCAUCCUCAGGGACUGAGCUCACAGCCGUACGUGUGGGCUGCUGCAGCCGUAUCCACGCAUCUACCACACUACAAGUACACGGUGUUCGGGGUCCUCUGUGAUGCUGAGGAUGGAGACAGUUCAGUCCUCACCGAUGCAGAGGAUGCAGAGGAUGCAGAGGAUGCAGAGGAUGCAGCGCACGGAGAGGAGGCUGCUGACCGCUGCGUGUGGGCUGCACUUCGUAUCACGAUCACCGCGUUUCCUGAGCGUCUCCCCCGGACCCAGGGCACCAUGCUUCGGCACAGACACUGCGGACUGCCGUCACUGGUUCAGGAGGAAAAUGGUGUCUUUGUUGCGGGCUGA